CUUUAAAGUAGAAUCAGUUGAAAUCAACUGAAUUCGGUUUAGCUGCCAUCGUGCAUGUUUGGUAAAUUCAAUUUAGCGAUUAGUCACGUCUAGCUGACUUUGCUUUCUUCGGCCAGUUACGCGUUAGCGGGGCAUUUCCUUAAUUAGUUGGUAAAGAGGAUUAGUAUAACAAGGGGACUGCGCCAUUUAUCCAUCUGCUGUGCUUAUACUGCCUGCUACAGAUUGUGUAUAACGUGCAGUAGCUUCGCAGGGAUGAAUGUGUUUGUGUAACUGAUUAUGUAACGUUAGGAGAUGCGAUGUGCUCACCGUGUUAUUUUUGUUGGUACCCAGAAAAGACUGAGGAGUUUGUUGUUCUGGAACGUUUACUGGCAGACGUGUUUGGUAAAGCAGCAUAUCAGUCAGUAGGUAACAGCUGUUGUCUUACGCCACCAACAUUAAGGUAAUGGUAUGUAGUCGCUGUGCAGGAGAGGAACUUGGAGUUUUCUCUGUCUAUAAUUUAUCAUCAUAAUUUGAAGGACUUGUUUGUCUGUAAAUCGUAUAUCUGCUGAACGAGUAACUUGACAGUCUUCAAACGUGGCAAGUGACUUACUAAGGGCACCAGUGUGUGCAGUGCUGACUUUGACAUUGUUUGGAUAAGAAUAAGAAAUGCAUGGGUACGGGUGCUGUUUUACUAGUGGUGCUUUUUGUGUUGUCAACAGCUAACCCAACCCUAACCCAAAUGUGUUGUUAACAGCUUAAUACUUUUACUAAGAUGAAAAAAAAAGACAAUCAGACUGAUAUCGGUAUAUGUAGAUUCUCAUGAUUUGGAUAUCAGUAUCAGAUAAGAAAAAGUGGUUUCAAGCCAACCCCUCAUAGUAUCCAUGGUAGAACAUUUGUUCUACUUUGCGAUAUUGUGAUAGUAAGAUGGCUCUGGAAACUUGUGAAGCCCACCUAUCUGCAGUGAGUGAGAGGCACUGUGAUUGCUUGAAGCUAAUUUAACAGGAUUUUACUCUUUGGCUUCAACAGCGUACUAACCUCCUCAAUCCUGUGUUGUUCAUUACAGAAAAUGGCCGUGGUUCUUCAGCUUUAUAUUCACCAAAACUCUUGUGCUGUUAUGGGGUUGUAAAUGCGUGUCCUUAAAAGUCUUUUGGUCUGCCUGGAUUGUUUUUCUUCCUUUUAUCUUCUCAAAUGCUUUCUGGGGCAAUGAUGAUUUGCCAAGUUGUUUCUCAUAUUACUUGUACUCUCUGAUGUGUAGGUCACCUCAGUCUAGCAGUGUCUGCAUAUUCUUUUUUGUUUGUUCAUCACCUUUUCUUCUCUCUCAUUUCUUCGAUGCAGUGAAACUACUAUUUUUUUUUCACACAUUACAAUCUCUCUCUCUCUCUCUCUCUCUCUCUCACCUAUUGUUUGAUACCAUCAGAGGUCCACGAUAGUAUUAAGACAAUUUUGUUCGUUCUUCAUUGGGAAUCUUCUUAUUAACAUGUGAUUCAAAACUAUCAUUCUAUUUAUGCUAAUCUUUUUUUUCCUAUCUGUGUCAGGUGACAUUGCUUUGUAUGGAAUGACAACCUCACAGAGAUAUAUUGAAUCCAAACUUGCAGCUCGGUUUGCUGACAUGGAGUGGCAAACACCAGCUGUGUCAGAGAAGUUCCAAAGCCGCUUUGGCCGUCGGCCUGGGACAUCGGACAGUGGGGACACGGGUCUUGGCACUUCAGCAUCUGACAGCACAGAAGAUUUCUGCAGUUCUAGCAGCAGCCCCUCUUUCCAACCCAUUCGCAGUCAGAUCCCCAUUCCUACUGCACAUGUCAUGCCAUCCACGGCCGGAUCCCCGGCCUCUAAGCCCCAGUCAUGCGUCCAGGAAGAUUGCCUGUCCUCACUUGAGGGUCAUAGAUCUUCCUCUGGCUCCAGGACUCCAAGUGGCUCCACCUCAAAAUCUUCAUCUCUUUCCAAGUCAGCAUCAUCACCCAACUUGGACGCUCAGGACGGUGUGGGAAGCGAUCCCGCCAGGCCAAAGCCAGACUGCUUGAGCCGCUACCGCAGCCUUGUCAAUGGGCUGGACCACUCGCUUUUCCCCUCUGACCACACACGACUGGAUGAGGGCCAGAGGUUUGACACUCCUGCUGUUGAACCAACUCUAAAUCAGUCAGCCCUGUUGGGGGGGUUAUGCCCUGAUGCCAGGCUCCGAUUACAGAUGAGUGGGUACAGAGACGGCCCAGACUGUGUGUCUGAGGCCUACAGAGGAGGCAUGGAGCACAGCUACAAAGUUCUUCCUGAAGCCAGGCCCGGGGUUCCCGGCAUGGCAGAAGCCUCUAAUCAGAGGGGCAGUCAGCCUGGUGCAGCUGGCCCUGCUGGAGUUUAUGCAAGCCCUCUCAGCCUGCAGACACAGGCUCUGCUGAGGGAGCACACAGGCUCCAAGGGUUAUGAGCCACUGCGGCAGGACAGAUGUAGUGACCUGUCCAGCUGGCAGCAACAACAGCAACAUAAGCAGCAACUGGAGAGUUUACGCCUGCAAGUGGAACAAAUGCAGUUAAUGAGUGCUGGAGUGGGUCAGCACCCAUCGGUGUACUCGAACCCUGUUCACUCCGAGUCUGGCAAAUGGGACGCUCUGGUGAAAGCCAGUGAGAGUCUGUUAAAGGAGAAGGAGCUAAUCAUCGAGAGACAAAAGCAGCAUAUGGCUCAGUUGGAGCAUCGCCUGAGGGAAAGCGAGCUACAGGUCCAUGGAGCCCUCUUGGGUCGAGGGGCUUCUUACGGGGAUAUGUGCAUGCUAAGGCUACAGGAGGCUCAGAGAGAGAACGCCUUCCUGAGAGCGCAGUUUGCCGAGCGCACAGAUUGUGUUACCCUGGAGAAAGUGGAGGCGGAGCGCAGACUGGGAGCCGUUGAAGCAGAAACGCGUCGUCUAACUGACAAUCUGAAGGAGACCUGUGAGAGACAUGCGGAGGAGAUGAAGAAACAGGAAGAGAGGAUCCGCAGUCGAGACAAACACAUCAACAACCUGAAGAAGAAAUGUCAGAAGGAAGCGGAGCUGAAGAGAGAGAACCAGCAGCGCAUUGAGACUCUAGAGCGCUAUCUGGCUGACUUGCCCACACUGGAGGACUACCAGAACCAGAACAAGCAGCUCCUGGAGGCUGAGCAGCAGGCAGCCCAACUACAGGAGAAAGUAAAAGAGUUGGAGGUCUGUCUAGAGACAACAUACUCACAGUUAAAGGAAAAAGACACACAGUUGGACGAGCAGAAACGCAGGGAGAGGGACCUCCUGACCACCAUCACUGAUAUGCAGCAGCGGGUGCAGCAGGGCCUUGAGGAUGGAGCCAGGCUGCCGUCUCUGGAUAUUGAGAAGCUCAGAGGAGAAAACAACACUUUGAGAGAGGAACAGCAGAGACUCAAGAAGGUCAUUGAGAAACAACAUCGAAUGAUGGAACAGCUUGGCUCCCAAAUCCAGGCUUUAGAGGAGCAGCUAUCUCAGGAAGAAAACAGCUCCCAGGCUCUCAGAGAAGAUGUUUUGGCCAAAGAGCAGAAUGUGUUGGAGCUCCACACAGCCAUGAAGGAGGUGUCGGCUCAUAACCAAGAACUGAUGGAGCAGAAUCUGACCCUGCAGGAGCAGAUGAGCGAUCCAGAGCAGAGGAGCAGUAACCAGGCCUCCUCUGCUCUGCAGCCAGCCGGAGCUCGUCUCACACAGAGGCUUCAUUUAGAGAUCGCCUCCUGUCUCAGUGACCUGCGCUCCCUGUGCAGCAUCCUGACCCAGAGAGCUCAGGGACAAGACCCCAACCUCUCCCUGCUGCUUGGUCUCACAUCUCCACCACCAGUGGCGGCGGCAGACCAGGACGAGGACUGGAUGAGUCCAGAGGUGCUGCAGAAGAAGCUUGUCGAGGCUCAACAGCUCCGUCGAGAUGUGGAGGGACUACGCAACGUGAUACUGGACCGCUACGCACAGGACAUGGGGGAAAACUGCAUCACUCAGUAACAUUGCGACCCCACCCAGAUUGAUGAUGGAAUCUAAAACGAGACUCUGUCUUUCAUGCCUAGUUACUGAAUGUCAGAAAAAGGACUGGAUUUUUUUACUUUCUUAAAAUGAGGACAGAGGAAAGCCCAAAUGGUUUAGCUCUUACUUCUCUCAAGAGAGAGAACGUGGAAUCUCGAGUCUGCCUGUAGCUCAGAACGCUCCCUUCCCCACAGUGACUUCAUCUAUUUCUGUCCAAGGGCUAUCUGAAAAUAACUUACCUUUAAUACUUGAUCCUUUAAAAGCAUUGUGUGUGUGUGUUUUUUAAUAAUGAUUGACAUGAUACGGUUACCAAACAGUCUUAUACCUUUUUUGUUUCACAUUAGUGGAUGACUAUUUGUGUAGAGGUCCCAUGUGUGUAAUUUAUUUAAAAUCGUGAUUUCCCUGCAGAGGGGAAUUAUCUAAGACAUAGUUGACAAUCAACUGAACAUUUAUUAACCUGUGCUUUUAACUGUAUUCACAAGGAAAUGUUGCUAACAUGCCAUUAUUUAAAAUGGUGGACACUGUAACAUUAGACUCAGCUGUGAGGCAGAAAAAAGACUUAACAACUGAACUGUUCAAUAACCAAUUCAGCUUCUUACACCAACAGGCCUAAAGCAGUUUUAUUACCAAA